UUUCUCAAGAUAAAUAUCAAUUACCAAUUCUCCAGCCAAGCAUAAACUUGCAAAUCAAAAUCCAUUUUUGCAAAUAUUUUACAUCCUUCUAGUCGAAAAUAUCGAAUAGCCUGACUUGUGUGCGAGAGUGUGAGUGUGUUCAAGCCAGCCGAGACAGGAAAGCCGGACGUAGAACGAAACGAAUCGAAAAAUAACGAAACCAAAUAAAAUCACAAAGGCACGAAAUUGAGAAAUUUCCUCUUGAAAUUGAAAGUCUAAUUUUAGUGCUACUAAAAAUGGUACGUGGGACAUUCCAAAUAAUGGCCAUUAUCUUGGCCUGUGGCCUAGCUCACUCGGCGAUUGCCGGUGUUGCUGUAACUCAGUCAUCAAGGAGGCCAGUCAAAACGACGACAACAACCACAUCUCGUCCUGUUGACACAACCAACAAAUAUUAUCACCCAGCCGAAGUAAAGGAACCCCGAGUAAUUGAGCAAAUGGACCAGCGUUACGUGGAUGGCAAUUACGAAUACAAAUAUGUCCUCAGCAAUGGUGUAUCGCGGCAUGAAAAGUCAUUUUGGGUUCCAAUGGGAAAGUCGAAAGUUAUGGGCCGCAAGGGUUACUAUUCCCAUCCUCUGACAAAUGGAAAAUACUUGACCGUCUUUUAUUCCUCCGAUGACAAGGGUUAUCAUCAGGAUUCUGCCACCUAUUCGGAUAGGGCCCCCGUAUUGCCGCGUAGUUUGGAUGUGCCGCAUUACGAUUUACCCGUGGAGACCACAACCGUUGCUGCCAACAAACAGAAACAAAAAACCAAGAGACCCACACGUAAACCACAGGCAUUCUAAUAGCGACACCCAACCCCCGAAGAGUACACCACAUUCUCAGCCAGCUGCACCACACCACCGCUAAGUGGUUUACACCACCACUGCUCGCAAUAAUUCCAUUCCAAACACAAUAAUCAUGCCAGCCCCGCAAACACCAGCAAACAUUGAGCGUCUGUCACGGAAACAAAAGCGAAAUCAAUGAAGUUGCCAGCCAGCAGAGUUGACUCUGGGAUGGAUAGCCGCUUUGAAUCUCAGUUGAGCACUUGCCAAGGGAAAUAUUUGUACAACCGCACUCCUACACCCACACGCAAACACCCUCUCUCUCAUACUCUUCUCGCCCACCUAAACUUGUUUAAAUAGAUAAAAUAUGCAACAACAACAACAACA